UCCAUGGCAACGGCGUCUAUCAGUUACCGUAAACAAAGACGUUUGGUGUCAAAGCGAAAAGUAGCUUGUUAGCUAAAGUAUUAGUGGAUUUUUUACAGCACAGUAACUUAAUAAAGAUAAAAACACCCAGCUGUCAUGGUCCGACUGACUGUGGAACUGAUUGCUAAAUCUAGCCAUCACUUCAAAAGUAACAGAAGUUUCCUGGAGCAUUAUCUUAAGAAAUUAACACAUAUCAACUUUUCAAAUAAGAAUAUAGAUGAUAUUGAGGAUCUGUCCAUUUGCAGAAACCUUCAAGUUCUUUAUUUGUAUGACAAUCAAAUAACACACAUCUGUAAUCUGAAUUUUGCCUCCAAUCUUACACAUUUAUACUUGCAGAACAACAUUAUAACAAAAAUAGAAAAUUUGUCAUCUCUACAGAAGCUUUCCAAAUUGUUUUUGGGGGGGAACAGCAUUACAGUGGUUGAAGGUUUAGAGCAAUUAAGAGAACUGAAGGAACUGCACAUAGAGAGCCAAAGACUCCCACCAGGAGAGAAACUGCUCUUUGACCCCCAUACCAUCCUCAGCCUCUCGGAAUCAUUAUGUGUUUUAAAUAUUAACAACAACAGCAUUGAUGAAAUACGGGAUCUGGCACUUCUUAACAAGUUGACUCAUUUAUUUGGGGUAGACAACCAGCUACAUGACAUUCAGGAGUUGGAGAUCUUGUGUGGCCAGUGGCCAUAUCUGCAUCAAAUAGAUUUGCGUGGAAAUCCAGUUUGUCACAAACCCAAAUACAGAGACAGGCUAAUAACUGUUUGCCAAAGGCUAGAGGAACUUGAUGGAAAACAGAUAAAUGAGUUAUCUAGGCAGUCCCUUAUCAACUGGAAAGCCACAAAAGAAGCAAAGAAAAAAGUGAAACAUGACAAAAUCAUCGCUGGACAAAUCACAUAUCCAUGUUCUGCUGACUUUCACUUGGGCCCCCAGCAUCCCUUUCCCUAUAAUUUUGCUGGUUUUCUGGGCAAGAGGAAUACACUCAGUUUUGGAAAAGCCACUUUGAAAAAAGGUCAAACGGAGCACAGCAUAGUUGCAGAGAUAAAAGGCAUGAACAGCAUGUUAUUCCCCUUAAUUCCUGAUGGUAUUCGGGAUGACAGAAGAUCCCUCUGAGUGCAGGACUAAUUACUUGUAGGAGAUUCAUGGCUUUCUAAAUGUCAUAAAAGCAGCUUUUUAUGAUGCCCUUCAUAUCCCACACACUUGUAUAACAGUUUGUCGUGAGUGUAUGUCUACUGUUAUUCACUCUUAGUGAAAUAGUCCUGGUUCUCUGUGUAUGUAGAUGUUUUAGAACUGUUAUACACUUGGAUUUAUGUACACUCACACACUGCUUAUAUCCUGUAACAGUGUCUAUUUGAUCAAAAAUGCCUCUUAAAACUUUCUGUAUUAUGGCAUUGCAUUAUAUUUGUUUAAAGCCUAUUUCUAUGUUUAACCUACUAAUUCUGAGUGUGUUUCCACUAAAACGUUGCAACAAAAUACUAUUACUAAGUUUUGUGUAUUUUAUAUAAAUAUAGUGUAAAUGCAAUGUACACUGCUAUAUUAUCAAGGUAGAUAUUUUUCAGAUAUCAAAUUGGUUUUGGUUCUUAUUUCAUGUUAUUUUUGUUAUUUCUUAUUUUGCUGGCAUUCAAAUAGUUGCUUAAUGCUUUAGUUUUUUAUAUAACGUUGGCCUGUAAGUUUCCGUUUUUUACAUUCAUUAAUUAUCGUCAUGUUUUUACUUAGUAACAUUAAACAUCAGCCACACUUGUUAUAUAAUAAAAGGACAAAACAUUGUUUUGUUCGUUUAAUA